AUGACUAGGAGGUCCAACAAGGACAACCUAGUUGAACAUCCAGAGAUAGACAAGCUUGAGAAGCAACUUAGGAAGCAGAAAGCCCAAGAGAUGGCCGACGAAGCAGCUCGCGCUCACGCCGCUGAAGUGGCGCGCGCUCAAGAAGAAGGACGAGAUCCACCUCCUCCUCCUCCUAAUCCACAAGACCCUGCUGGAGAUGUGAAUGUGCAACCUCAAGCUGGAGCACCAACAAUCGGAGAUUAUGACUCUGCCGAUGCUUUCUUCAUGGAUAGAAACCCUAUCCAUCCACCACUUCCUGCAAGGAAUGACUAUGAGAUCAAGCCUCAGAUCAUAGCAUUGGUUAGACAGAACCAAUUCAAUGGACUUCCAGCUGAGCACCCUCUUGAUCACAUAGAAAACUUUGAAGAAAUUUGCAGCACUACAAGAUCCAAUGGAGUCUCUGCUGACUACCUUAAGUGCAAGCUCUUUUCAUUCUCUCUUGGCGACAAAGCUUCAAGAUGGUUGAAGUCUCUGCCAGCUCACUCCAUUACCACUUGGGAUGAGUACAAGGCCGCUUUCAUCAACCACUUCUACACCAAGCAAAGAUCGAUUUCUGUAAGGAACAAGAUCUCCAACUUUCGCCAAGCCAACAAUGAAUCUUUCUAUGAGGAUGCUAUGGUUUUCACUAGAAUUGCUUAUUGUCCAAAUUACUUGAUGGACUCAACUUUAAGAAGCAACAAGUCUAAGAUGUUGAGAGGUGAAGGAAGCAAGGUAGCGUUCAUAAAGGAGGAGAUAAAGAGAGGAGCAAGGAGAAUGCUAAAGACACUAACCAAGGAAGAUGAGGAAGAGAUUGAGAGGUUGAGGAAAGAGAGAAGAACCAAGAGGAGGAAUGACCCAAUCAGCGGUGAGAGUGAAUUGGGAGAAUUCGAGAUUGGGUUGAACCAUGGAAAGGGAGAAAGUAAUGACUCCUCAAAUGAAGAAGGGGAGGAGGUUAACCAAGAGAUAGAAGAAACCGAGACUCAGCAAGACAAACCAGAACUCGAUCGAGCUGAGAAGAGAAUGGACAAGGGAAGUUCCAGCCAACAUCAUCUGCGAGCAGGGGCUCGCCGUAAUCGAUCACCUCAACUGCGUAGACGUGCUCAUCAGGUAGGCUGUCGUCUAGAGGGACGUCAUCAUCGAUCUUCAUCCUUGACAGUGAUCAGCUACACCGUUGUCAAUCCCUUUCUUAUCCUUGAUCUCCAGAUCGAACUCCUGUAG